AUAAAUAAUACAUUAAUUUCUUAUUUUCUUUUUCCUUUUUUUUUUCCUUCUUUUUCACCAACCACACACAAUGACCAUUUACUAUACAUUAACCUUUGGUAUUCUAGUCACUGAGAUGAUUCUCUUUGGCCUUAUUGUCCUACCUCUACCUUCUCGUUGGCGCCAUGCUAUGCUUAGCUUUGCUUUACACUCUCCUCAGAUGGAAAAAGCCAUGUAUGCCCUCAAGAUCGUGUUUGGAUUCAUUUUCGUUUUAUUCAUUGAUACCAUCAAUCGUCUUCAACGUAUCGAAGCUGAGGCCAAUGCAGAACAACAGCAUCAUCAUGACUACAACUACGAAACUAGUCUUAAAGCAAAGAAAUUCUAUUCCCAAAGAAACUUAUACCUCACUGGAUUUACCCUUUUCCUUUCCUUGAUCUUGGAGAGAACGAGUGCGCUUGUAUUGGAAUUAGCCAAACGUGAAGAAGAAUUGAAGAGUGCCAAGAAUCAGACUGCCGAGAUUACCAAAGGACAAAAGCGUUUAAUUGAUAUGGAAGAUGAUUACAAGAAGCAAGUUGAAGUUUUGAAUGUUCAAAUUAGAGAAUUAAAACGCCAAAAUUUGGAUUAUGACACCUUAAAGAAGCAAGCUGAGCAACAGCAAAAGGAAUUUGACCGAUUGGCUACUGAAUACAACAAACUCGAAAGUACACUAAAGGAAGGUGAAUCAAAAAAAGACAUUUAAAUGAAUAUACCAAGUAUGUAUGUCUUCCCUUGGAUGCUCAAAAAUAAGCUCAUUGCAUCUGAUUUACAAAUAAAUAAAAACCCAGUUUCUUGACAGCGCUUGGCGUACAACCUUGGCAUAAUUUGAAGAUAUCAAAUUACAUAAACAUAG